UUACAAUACUCAAUGCCUCAUUGCAUCCUAUGACAACGCGUGGCUAAUCCUAGAGACUAAUAGAAUAAACAAACAGAUGUAAACAAAAUGUAAACCGAACACACACACACACACACACACCUUUUAAUGAUCCUCCAGGGCCACAGCAGAAUUUGUAUGAACUCUGACACACUUCCCACGACACUGGCAGCCGAUCCUCCUUCAAGAAAAGUAGUCACAUCAAUCACUCAAGUCCACACGCACACACACGUUUCCGAGAUUGAAUCAGCUGUCGCCUCGCCAGAUCAGCUGUUUCCUCACAACACAACAACGUGACAGGCUGUCAGGAACACCCAUUCAGACGUCAGCACCUGCAUUCAUCAUGUUCAAGUUCAACUUCAAUCUGGAUUGUGAAGCUGAAAGUGGCACUGAAGACUUGGAAACUGAAUCAAUAGAGCCUCCACUAGAGUGGCUUCCAGCCCUCAGACAUGAAAUCACCAAGCACCACUUGCCUUCUUCAUCUGAUGCUGAUGUUAUAGAAGUUACCAUUGGUACAACAAAAAUCAAGCAUUUAGCUGAAUCCUGUGCCUUGAAAAAGCUCCAAGAGAAGGGGAAUUCUUGCAAUGUAUCCUCAGUUUUAGAGAAGCGCACAGACCUCGUGCCUGCCGUCUAUGAAGGAGGCCUGACAAUAUGGGAGUGCACAUGGGACCUCCUGCAGCAUUUGGCAGAUCUGGACAUCUGUUUAAAAGACAAAAGGGUCCUGGAGUUGGGUUGUGGAGCAGCACUACCAGCAAUCUACUGUGCUCUUCAUGGGGCUCACAUUACUGUACAGGACUAUAAUGAAGAGGUUGUCAACUUCAUCACCAUACCUAAUGUUGCAGUGAACCUCUACAACAGCACUACAGAAGAGGCUGCCACUUCCGUAGAUGUACAUCCUUCCCAGACUUUAGCUUCAAGGGCUACAUUCUAUUCUGGAGAUUGGGCUGCUGUUAAUGAAUUGUUGUUAAACCAGCAAAAAUGUGAGAGCAAUAAAGGAGAAAAUAUUACAGAUGAUGCAAAUGAUGAAGGACAAAAAUUUGAUCUAAUUUUGACCUCAGAAACAAUUUACAACCCCAGCUGUAACAAGAAGUUGCUUGACCUUAUGACAGCACAUCUGAAGCAGGAUGGAAUCAUAUUACUUGCAGCAAAGACACAUUAUUUUGGUGUGGGUGGAGGAACACAGCAAUUUGCAAACCUUGUAAAGGCUCAAGAUCAACUCCAGGUUCAGUCUAUCACAUCAAACAGCUUGGGGGUUAAAAGGGAAAUACUUAAGAUGAAUUUCAAAGUUAAGCAAUAAAGGACAGAAAUCAUA